GUCGUCUUGCAGUCUCAGACAAACAUACCCUAAGCCAAGAUGUUCCGCUACAUGCUCGUCGCCUCCGCCUUCCUGGCCUGCGCUUAUGCUGCCGCCAACUACAACCAGGAUGCUGGUGCCUACAUCACCAAGACCGGUGCCGAUAUCCAGCCCGAUGGCCACUACAACUACAACUAUGAGACCAGCAACGGCAUCGCCGCCCAGGAGUCCGGCCUUGGAGGCUACCAGGUCAACGGUGGCUACUCCUACUACUCCCCCGAGGGUGAGCUCGUCCAGAUCCAGUACGUGGCUGAUGAGAACGGCUUCCAGCCCCAGGGAGCUCUCCUGCCCACUCCUCCUCCAAUCCCAGCUGCCAUCCUGAAGUCCCUGGAGUACAUUCGCACUCAUCCCCAGUACGUUGAGCCUGCCCAGCGUCCCCAUGGUGGAUCCCGUGGUGGUUUCUCUCGGUUGGGUUAA